UCCCUUUUGUUGAGUCCACUCUGCAAAGUUCAAACCUUCAAUCUCAACAACCGCCGACUUUUAUACCGAUUCCAAUUUGAGUUCUUUGAAGGAUGGGUCAAGCUGAAAGCGUCGCCGCCGUUUCGCCUCCGAACGAUCUACCACCAAGCCUGAAUCAAUCUGCAAGUCCCGUCUCCGGUCCUCCAUCCAUGGAGUCUCUAAUUGCAGAAGCUGAAGCUUAUGGUAAUGAAACAAAUGAGUCUCUUGAUGCCAAAGCUAACAGAGCGUUGGAGUGCCCCUGCAUAGCUGACUUGCGUAAAGGUUCAUGCGGGAUCCAGUUUUCUGAUGCUUUUCUCUGCUUCUUCAAGAGUACUGCAGAGGAAAAGGGAUCAGACUGUGUGCAUCCUUUUGUGGCUUUGCAGAGCUGCAUAAAAGCAAACCCAAAUGCAUUCUCGAAAGAUGUCUUAGACGAAGAUGAAGAAGAAAAGGAAAUGGAAAAGGAAAAAGUAAAGACUGAAGAGCCAACUCAAGAUUACAGAGUCGUCCCUCCUUCAUGGUCUAGAGAACCUCAAAUUCCCAAGUCCAAGCUUUAGCUCAAACCAUCAGCUUCCAUUUUGUCUAUCCUGGCUUUCUCGGAGCUCUUCACUUUGAGGAACUCCCUCGACUAACGUGACAAAUGCACGUAUACUCUGCCCUUUAACCUGAACACAAGAGAAAGGUUCCUGUUUUUAAGAGUGUCUAGUGAACCAUUGCUGGUUAAUUCGUUACAACAAAGUAAAUAGAUAAAAAAAAAUGGCAUAGGUCAACAUUCGAAACAAAAUAGAAAUGGUUUUGUGACCUCAUGAUCAAUGCCAAUUACUGCAGCUUCUGCACAAUGAGGGUGUGAAACUAACGCAGAUUCCACUUCUGCUGUUCCAAUUCGAUGUCCACUGCACAAUAUUAAGUUUUUAGACCAUAUUUUAUGUGUUUUAAAACUUCUAAGUAUUUUUACGAAA